AUGGCUAGUUCGAACACUCCUAUACCUGUGGACAAUGGGUUUAAUGAGUAUGAAAGUACUCUCAAACGUCAAAAGUCUACCACUUCAAAGGUGUGGGAUGAAAUGACAAAGCUUGAAUGCGAGAACAAAAAUGAAUUGAAGGCACAAUGUAAUCACUAUGUGCUAGAUUAUUGGGGCCAACGGGAUAAAGAUUAUCAAAUGUUUGCACUUUCUAACGAGGAGUGGAGAAAUGUUGAUAUUCUUUGCAAAAUUUUGAAGGUAUUUUAUUAUGUGACUUGUGUUUUUUCUGGUUCUAAUUAUCCAACGGCUAAUCUUUAUUUUAGAGGGGCUUGGAAGGUUUACAAGGUCUUGCUUGAUACAGUUAAAGGUCCUUAUUCGUUUUUAACUCCAAUGGUUAAGAAAACGCAAGAGAAAUUUAAUAAGUAUUGGGCUGAGUAUUCGUUGAUAUUGUCAUGUGCUGCAAUUUUAGAUCCUCGUUACAAGUUGAAUUAUGUGCAGUAUUGCUUUACUACAAUCUAUGGUAUUCAUCCUUCAGAUUUUGUUGGGACCAUUCUUAGCAAUCUUAGACUCUUGUUUGACAAGUAUGUUAAGAAAUCCAAAUCCACGUCUUCCUCUUUGGUUGGGAGUUCUAAUGUUUCGGAUAAAAAUCCUGCUGAUUCUAGUUUGGAUGAACACAAUGUUAAUAGUGCUGAUUUUGGGGGAUAUUUUGAUGAGCAUGAUGAUUAUAAACGGUAUUUAAAUGAAUCUAGCACUAAGAGUGAAAAGUCACAAUUGGACAUUUAUUUGGAAGAACCGGAGCUUGAGUUGAAUAGUCAAAUAGAUGUUUCAGAUUAUUGGAGCAAAAGUUCAGUUCGAUACAAUGAGCUUUCAUUAUUGGCUCGUGAUCUUUUGGCAAUUCCAAUAUCGACUGUAGCUUUUGAAUCAGCUUUUAGCAUGGGUAAGAAAGUUAUCACACCUUUGAGGAGUUCACUUAAGCCAAAAAAGGUUCAAGGCGUUGUUUGUUUGGAUGAUUGGAUGCGAGCUAAAGGAUUUUCAACGGAAAUUGGUUCCAAGAAGGAUGAUGAGGACGAUGUUUCUUCCGUUACUUUUUUAGGAUACCUUCAUUUCUAA